CACAUCUCUUCUUCCACGCAGUGCCGCACAGUGAACGCGACAACACAAUGAGUCAAGAUCGCCCUUCGUCCUUUUACUUCAAGGGAGUGCGGUUCGACAAUGCGGUCAACCUAAAGGCCUUGGAACUGGUGGACUCAUUUGAAGUAAGAGACGACGACGUUUUCAUCUCCUGUUACAUUAAAUCAGGAACAACAUGGACACAGCAGAUCGUUUCUCUGGUGUGUGCUGAGGGUGACAUCAGUGAAGCUAGUAAAGUCCUUCUGCAAGUGCGCACGCCCUGGCUCGAGUCUCUGCAAGCGUCAGGAGGAAGGUUGGGUGUCGGUGAAGGAGUGCCUCGGCCGAUACUACUGAAGAGCGCCCCCUCCCCGCGACUCAUGAGUACGCACCUGCCCUACCACCUGUUACCCCAGCAAGUCAGGGACGGGAAAGGAAAGAUCAUCUACUGUGCUCGGAACGUCAAAGAUGUGGUCGUCUCGUGGCACAACAUGAGAAGGAUGAUGCAGCAUAUGACCUGCGGAACCUGGGAGGAAAACUUCCAGGACUUUAUUACUCCGGACCUAGCAUUUUACGGUUUCUGGUGGGACGUCAUUCCGGAGUACUGGCGACACAAGGAUGACGGCAACCUGCUCUUCAUCAAGUUUGAAGACCUUAAGCGGGACCUGCGAGGCCACGUGGUGAAGAUCGCAAACUUCCUGGGCAAGACUCUGUCAGACCAGCGCAUAGACCAAGUGGUGGCGAACUGUACCUUCUCCGCUAUGAAGGAGAACCCGGCUACAAACUAUUCCCGUAACCCAAAGCUGCAGAAGAUUUUCGGCAAGGCAGAGGGAAGUGAGCUUGAGUUCGUACGUAAAGGAGAGGUUGGUGACUGGAAGAACUGGUUCAGCGCGGAGGAGAACAAGAUUCUGGAGGCGAUCCACAAGGAGAAAAUGGCGGGAACAGAUCUGACCUUCGAGUAUGAGUAGUGUCUAUUAAUCGCCAGUGACCCGAAAUGGAACAUACGUUCUGUUCUAAUAACGCCAGAUCUAACAUGGUGGGGCGUGAUCAGUGUUUGAGUAGUGUCAGUUAUGGUGUGGUCACGUUCGUUGUAGGCUGUUGUUCGAUUUUGAUGACAAUGACCUUUAUUACGUAUUCACGCCCUACAUUAGCCAAAUGUUAGAUAACUGACUGACAUAGGGGUAGGGGGAACAAGUGCUACAUUACUGUGCUGCGUCUAUAUCUACAAGAUCUCCUCUCUUUUGAAACAAGUAUGAACAAAUUUACAUAGUUUUCCAUAUACAUGUACAUCGUAUUCCCUUGAUGACAUAAUAUGUCCAUUUUCGGUAAGUGCGUAUACUUCUGUUCUUACUGAAAAGAACUAAAAAUAAAUUGAUAAUCUUUAUGCGGAAAAACUGGCAAGGCAGUAUGAAAGUUACACUUUGUUUUAAUUCACAAUAAUGUAUAUAUAUUUUCACUGCCGGUGCAGUUAACAAUGUGGUCGCAAGGUGGACCUUCAUCGGAUCCAUACACGUGUAUGUACACACUGGAACAUACAUUCGUCAUAAAUAAUGUGUGUUUUCUGUGCGUGAAGCUGCAUGAUUAAAGCUCAACAUAAUUAUACCAAGGAGGUUUAAAAUCUUGAUCAUACUCAACGACUGUAUGUGUUACAACGUAUGGCAACUAAGGCAGUUUUAGAAAACUACUUUACUUUGACUAUGUACAUGUAACGGGGGGUGC